AUGUGCUUUAAAACAGCGCCCAGACAUCCAAAGUGUGGCCAUGCAGCUCACGGAACUGCCUCAGAAGGCGCGAGACUGUCCCGCUGCGACAGAUCCAAGCUUCGUGGACCAUGCGGACCAAUUCAGUGGGAGCAUUUCGAUGUCCGGCGAGGCUAUUGCGAUAGCUGCAUCAUCAACGGCGAAUUCUUUGCUCAGAAAUCUAUGCGUCUGGAUCCCGGUGUCUAUUGUAGGCGCUUAGGAGCAUCGUACAACGACCUACGCAACGCCAAUCCGGAAGCGUGGUCACGGGCUUCGCAGGAGCAAGACGCAGAUGUGGCCGUCCGUACCUCUCGGUUUGGAAAGUGA